GAGAGAGGGAGCGACGGGUGAGUCUGAUUCUGUCUGUACACGGAACGCUUGUGCUGAGAUGGUAGACUACCACGCAGCGAAUAAUCCUAUACAACACUCAGGGCAGCAGCCAACCUACAUGGAGCAGGAGAAUGACUGGGACCGGGACCUGCUGCUCGAUCCGGCCUGGGAGAGACAGCAACGGAAGACGUUCACGGCCUGGUGUAACUCUCACCUGCGCAAAGCUGGAACUCAGAUCGAGAACAUCGAGGAGGAUUUCAGAGAUGGACUGAAGCUCAUGCUGCUGCUCGAGGUCAUCUCAGGUGAGCGGUUACCUAAACCUGAGAGAGGGAAGAUGAGGGUGCACAAGAUCAACAAUGUCAACAAAGCGCUCGACUUCAUCGCCAGUAAAGGAGUCAAACUGGUAUCGAUCGGAGCUGAGGAAAUUGUUGAUGGGAACGUGAAGAUGACCCUCGGUAUGAUCUGGACCAUCAUUCUCCGCUUUGCUAUCCAGGAUAUCUCUGUGGAGGAAACCUCUGCUAAAGAAGGGCUGUUGCUGUGGUGUCAGAGGAAAACGGCUCCAUAUAAGAACGUGAACGUUCAGAACUUCCACAUCAGUUGGAAGGAUGGUUUGGCCUUUAACGCUCUGAUUCACAGACACAGACCUGAACUGAUCGACUACGAAAAACUGCGCAAGGAUGAUCCUGUAACCAAUCUGAACAAUGCGUUUGAAGUGGCUGAGAAAUAUCUGGAUAUUCCUAAGAUGCUUGAUGCAGAAGAUAUCGUUGGCACUCUCAGGCCGGAUGAGAAAGCCAUAAUGACGUACGUCUCCUGCUUCUAUCACGCCUUCUCUGGUGCUCAGAAGGCCGAGACUGCAGCCAAUCGCAUCUGCAAGGUUCUGGCAGUCAAUCAGGAGAACGAGCAUCUGAUGGAGGACUACGAGAAACUGGCCAGUGAUCUGUUGGAAUGGAUCAGGAGGACCAUCCCGUGGUUGGAGAACAGAGCUCCAGAGAAGACCAUGGUGGAGAUGCAGCAGAAGCUGGAGGAUUUCCGUGAUUACCGUCGGGUCCACAAACCUCCUAAAGUUCAGGAGAAGUGUCAGCUGGAGAUCAACUUCAACACCCUGCAGACCAAACUGAGGCUGAGCAACCGGCCGGCGUUCAUGCCGUCAGAGGGCCGCAUGGUGUCGGACAUUAAUGGGGCGUGGCACAACCUGGAGGGGGCGGAGAAAGGGUACGAGGAGUGGCUCCUCAACGAGAUCCGCCGGCUGGAGAGACUCGAUCACCUCGCCGAGAAAUUCCGCCAGAAAGCGGCCAUACACGAGAGCUGGACUGAUGGUAAGGAGGCCAUGCUGCAGCAGAAGGAUUAUGAAACAGCUUCUCUCUCGGAGAUCAAAGCUAUGCUGAAGAAACAUGAGGCGUUUGAGAGUGACCUCGCCGCCCAUCAGGACCGGGUGGAGCAGAUCGCCGCCAUCGCCCAGGAGCUCAAUGAACUGGAUUAUUACGACUCUCCCAGUGUGAACGCUCGCUGUCAGAAGAUCUGUGAGCAGUGGGACGUACUAGGAGCUCUGACCCAGAGCCGCAGGGAAUCACUGGAGAGAACAGAGAAGCAGUUGGAGUCGAUUGAUGAGCUGUAUCUGGAGUACGCUAAGCGAGCUGCCCCCUUUAAUAACUGGAUGGAGGGAGCGAUGGAGGACCUGCAGGAUAUGUUCAUUGUGCACAACAUUGAGGAGAUUCAGGGUCUGAUCUCGGCUCAUGAGCAGUUUAAAGCGACUCUACCCGAGGCUAACAAGGAGCGUGAGGCCAUCCAGGCCAUUCAGGCUGAGGUUCAGAAGAUUGCUCAGUAUAAUGGCAUCAAACUGGGCGGCACGAAUCCCUACACCUCCAUCACCCCCGCCAGCAUCGACAGCAAGUGGGAAAAGGUGCAGCGGCUGGUUCCUCAGCGUGAUGAAGCUCUGCAGGAGGAGCUCAGCCGCCAACAGUCCAACGAUCAUCUCAGGCGCCAGUUCGCCAACCAGGCCAACAUGGUGGGACCCUGGAUCCAAAACAAAAUGGAGGAGAUCGGGCGGAUAUCGAUCGAGAUGAACGGUACUCUGGAGGAUCAGCUGACUCACCUGAGUGAGUACGAGCAGAGCAUCAUCGAGUACAAACCCAACAUCGAGCAGCUGGAGGGAAACCAUCAACUCAUCCAGGAGGCUCUGAUCUUCGAUAAUAAAUACACUGCUUACACCAUGGAGCAUCUGCGUGUUGGGUGGGAGCAGCUCCUCACCACCAUCGCUCGAACCAUCAACGAGAUCGAGAACCAGAUCCUCACCCGCGAUGCCAAAGGAAUCAGUCAGGAACAACUGCACGAGUACAGAGCGUCCUUCAACCACUUCGACAAGGAUCACAGCGGCGCUUUAAUUGCUGAGGAAUUUAAGGCCUGUUUGAUCAGCCUGGGUUACGACGUGGAGAACGACAAACAGGGUGACGCUGAAUUCAAUCGCAUCAUGGGCAUAGUCGACCCCAACAACAGCGGCGCUGUGACCUUCCAGGCCUUCAUCGACUUUAUGUCCCGGGAAACCACGGAUACGGACACCGCCGACCAGGUCAUCGCCUCCUUCAAGAUCCUCGCUGGGGACAAAAACUACAUCACGGCGGAGGAGUUGAGACGCGAGCUGCCACCGGAUCAGGCCGAGUACUGCAUCUCCCGCAUGGCGCCGUACAGAGGGAGUGACGCCGUACCCGGUGCCCUCGACUACAUGUCCUUCUCUACCGCUCUCUACGGAGAGAGCGACCUGUAAAGGGCGUCGACCCCACUCUGUCCUCCAUCUCCACAUCCUGCUCCGCCCCUCCAUCUUCACAUCCUUCCUGUCCUCCUUCUCUCCUACGUCAGAGGAGGGGCCGACAUCAAAGGGACUAAAAGCACACCUAAGGACGUGGCCUGGUGGGGCAGGGCCGGAAUUCAUUCUGAGCGUUUGCGUGCGAGUGUGUGUGUGUGUGCGCGAGUGUUUGCUGAUUGAAACAGGAAGUGUGGGUGGUGUGCAGGUUAUGAGACGGAGGCGACUGGGUUCUAAUUCACGUUCUUUCCGGCUUCGCUUUUUGUUUUUUUGUUUUUUUUUCAGCGAAUGAAAAUCUUUCUAAUUUAGUCAUUAUCAGUUUCUCACCAGCAGGAGGCGCAAGAAUCGGGUGAAUCAGGGCAGUAAUUAACAAAUUAAUAAGUGAUUAAUGAGAGGUGUGACCGUGGUGCUGUAGAGAGUUCUGCGUUGGAGUUCCAGACUGAUACGCCGGCGUGGCGUACCCAUUCUACGUGCUUAUAUUUUCCUCGUGUAUUCCGGGGGUGGGUGGGGCUUAGGUUACAGGAUUAGUAGAUGAGUAGGAUUAAAGGAAUCAGGUUUGGGUAAAGGAGAGGAUGGACGAGGACGAGUUUGGUUGGAUUUUUCUGGAUGGACGUGUGCGUGUGCGUGCGUGUGUGUGUGUGUGUGUGUGUGUGUGUGUUACGUCUAGAAUGGUGUGUUCCGGUUUUUCCGUGCUGUACAUACUCGUUGUGUUUCCGCUACACACACAGUCGAAUAAACCGUAACGCAGACGCUUUAUAUCCGGCAUCAUUAAAUAAUAAUACUGCGCUACACCGGGCAUGUGCCGACCGAUAUUUCACUUUCAUAUCACGAUAUUUCUAACUUUGUAUCACGGUUUACGAUACUAGCGCGGUUUUGUAUAGAAAAUUUUACAAACGUUCCUCUGUCCAAGUUUGGCCGUUAUUCUACUAACGGAUGCUUUAAAUAUCCAAAAGCAGAGACUCUUCCAUAUUUUUACCUGCCCGUUUCCCCCUCGUUAGGCUGCCCGAGUAGCGACGUUUGAAAUGUAACGCAGCCGAUUCUAUUUUUAUAAGGAAGAACCUUCGACAGACCCCCGUUAGCGAUAUUACCCGCCAUGAUUCCACAAUACAGCUGUAGAUCGUUUCGCCAGCGCUCGGCACAUGCCGCCGUUAUACUAUUCGUAGGUUUGGAUUUGGGGGCGGAGCUGCGUAAUCAGCACAACUCCCACCUGUAGCAUGCUCCUCCUCCAAUCAGCUUCUCCAGAACUGAACAUGUGACCCAAGAGAAUGACACCAAAAGGGUGAUAAUGAAACGAGUGUGAUUGUACUGGGGACCGAGGGGGGAGGAAAGGAAAUGGGAGGGGUGGGGUGGGGUGGGCGGAGUCUUAAUGAACAUUCCAUGAUGUCUUAAUGAUAAAUUGCUGUUUAACGAUCUAUGCAAAUCAUCAUUUAAUAUCCAACAGUGAGUCAGAAUGACUGGGUGAAUUUAACUGUACUGGUGACAUGGUGAAUAAAAGAGAAGUGGCGGAGGAACCACA